CCAGAUACCCGGCAGGGUUCUGCAGCUGGGCUGGGCCAAACCACGUGACUAUCAUGAAUAUGGACUCAUUCCCUUCAUCAGUCAUUCACGGACCCAUACAUCCCAUCCCACAAUGACCAUGGACCACUGUUCCAGGAACUAGGCCGGACACUGGUGUUUCUCGAGAAGAAUCAGACCAGGUUCCCAUCUUUGGGGAGAGAUAGGCUUGAAACAAGUCCUGUGAUAAGUGUUAUCAUCAAGGCAAGAACAAAAUCAAGCCUUAGAGGAGUUUAUAGGAAUAUGUUUAGAGGAGCUGUAAGUCGAACCAGGCUUUGAAGUGUGAAUAAGAGUUUUGUAGGUGGUGAAAGAAGAAUAAGGUAUUUGGUGGAAGGUAUGACUUAAUGCAGUACGCUAAAGGCAUAAAAGAAACAGGGAAAAGUCGGUGACAUCACUAACUAAUCAAAAAAUCUCUCCCCUGGGGUCAAACGGAUGUUACUCCGAUACGGGGUUCUGUCACCAAAUAGGAAAUUCAGGCUUAAAGUGAAAUAAACCUUUUGAUGAUAGAACUUUUCAGCCAUAAGGCAGCAUGCUAAUGUUUAUUGUGAUUUUUCAAAAUCAUAGAAUUGUUUGCAACAUUUCCUAGACUCACUCACUUCUCAGGACACUUAGACCAUCUUUUAAGAGUAGGAUUCUUUGGCACCCACCUUGGAAAAUGUUAAGCUACAGAGUGUUUCUGGGGAUGGUUGGAGACAGGUAGGGCCAACUCCUGUGCGUCCCUUCAUGGCAUAGGAUGAAGAUGGAAGUUUACCCUGAAGGUGACGGGCAGCUGGGGCAAGAUUUUUAGCAGGGCCCUGGGUUAGAAAGUACUCAGGGCACAGAGGGAAAGUGGGCCAGGGAAGGGAGCCUGGAGGCUGCGAUUCUAAGUUGGAGGCUAUAGUAAUUGUUACUCUUUGGUGUCUCUCGCUGUGGGUCUGUAGGCAUCCCCUGGCACCUGGCCUAGGGCAGUCACAUUCAGAGACAUUGUUGAGGCCCUCCAGCUGGGCACACACUGAGGUCCAGCUGAGUCCUGCUGGGCAGCCUGUGGCUCUGUCAGCCAUGCCCCUGUUGAGUAGCACUUCUUUUCUUGGAAGUUGGCUGGGAUCCACUCACUGGUUCUGGUGCUUGUGUUAGGACCGUCAUUGUGUUUACGGUCUGCCACAAGCCCGGUUAGGUAAUCAAUGGUGUUUGCUGUACUCAGCGUUGAUGUGCUCAGGAACUGUCGCUCGCUGACUUGGAGUAUUCUUUGUGCUAGGAAAGGCAGAAAGUGUCACCAGGAUAUUGGAUCAAAGACAACAGUCCGAAGCAAUAGUCCUGUUCAACAGAGAGGAAAUUUACCAGAUGGAAAAACUGAGACUCAGAGAGGGCUAGUGAUCUCCCGGACACUUGGUCAGUAGAAAGGAUCCUGCCUUGUCCUCCAGGAUCCUAUGGCCCUGGAGAGAGGGCUGCAGGGCCCAGGGACACUGCUGACUCUUCAGAACGUGCUGACAUGGAGCCAGACCGCUCGGCGCUGCGUGCCGCGAGGACCCCGUUCGUGGAUGUGGAGGAGCGCGGGCCGGAGGCCAUGGACGCGAAGGAGAGAAAGCCGUACCGCUCGCUGACCCGGCGCCGCGACGCCGAGCGCCGCUACACCAGCUCGUCGGCGGACAGCGAGGAGGGCAAGGCUCCGCAGAAGUCCUACAGCUCCAGCGAGACCCUGAAGGCCUUCGACCAGGACGCGCGCCUGGCCUAUGGCGGCCGCGUCAAGGACACGGUGCCGCAGGAGGCCGAGGAGUUCUGCCGCGCAGGAGCCAACUUCAGCCUGCGGGAGCUGGGGCUGGGACAGGUGACGCCCCCGCAUGGGACCCUGUACCGGACAGACAUAGGCCUCCCGCACUGCGGCUACUCCAUGGGGGCCAGCUCCGACGCCGACGUGGAGGCCGACACCGUGCUGUCCCCUGAGCACCCCGUGCAGCUGUGGGGCCGGAGCACACGGUCGGGGCGCAGCUCCUGCCUGUCCAGCCGGGCCAACUCCAACCUCACGCUCACCGACACGGAGCACGAGAACACCGAGACUGAUCACCCGGGCGGCCUGCAGAACCACCCGCGCCUCCGGACGCCGCCGCCGCCGCUCUCGCACGCCCACACCCCCAACCAGCACCACGCGGCCUCCAUCAACUCCCUGAACCGGGGCAACUUCACUCCGAGGAGCAACCCCAGCCCGGCCCCCACGGACCCCUCGCUCUCGGGAGAGCCCCCCGCUGGCAGCGCCCAGGAGCCGGCCCACGCCCAGGACAACUGGCUGCUCAACAGCAACAUCCCCCUGGAGACCAGAAACCUAGGCAAGCAGCCAUUCCUAGGGACAUUGCAGGACAACCUCAUUGAGAUGGAUAUUCUCAGCGCCUCCCGCCAUGAUGGGGCUUACAGUGACGGGCACUUCCUCUUCAAGCCCGGAGGCACCUCGCCGCUCUUCUGCACCACGUCGCCAGGGUACCCUCUGACGUCCAGCACGGUGUACUCCCCGCCGCCCCGGCCCCUGCCCCGCAGCACCUUCGCCCGGCCGGCCUUCAGCCUCAAGAAGCCCUCCAAGUACUGUAACUGGAAGUGUGCGGCCCUGAGCACCCUUGUGCUCUCCGCCACGCUGGUCAUCCUGCUGGCGUACUUCGUGGCCAUGCACCUGUUUGGCCUAAACUGGCACCUGCAGCCGAUGGAGGGGCAGAUGUAUGAGAUCACGGAGGACACAGCCAGCAGUUGGCCUGUGCCAACGGACGUCUCCCUGUAUCCAUCAGGGGGCACUGGGUUAGAGAUCCCUGACAGGAAAGGCAAAGGAGCCACAGAAGGAAAGCCCAGUAGUUUCUUUCCAGAGGACAGUUUUAUAGACUCUGGAGAAAUCGACGUGGGGAGACGGGCUUCCCAGAAGAUUCCUCCUGGCACUUUCUGGAGAUCUCAGGUGUUCAUAGACCAUCCUGUGCAUCUGAAAUUCAAUGUGUCUCUGGGAAGGGCAGCUCUGGUUGGCAUUUAUGGCAGAAAAGGCCUUCCUCCUUCACAUACACAGUUUGACUUUGUAGAGCUGCUGGAUGGAAGAAGGCUCCUGACCCAGGAGGCAAGGAGCCUGGAAGGACCCCAACGCCAAUCUCGGGGAGUCGUCCCCCCAUCUAGUCAUGAGACCGGCUUCAUCCAGUAUUUGGAUUCAGGAAUCUGGCACCUGGCUUUUUACAAUGACGGGAAGGAGUCUGAAGUGGUUUCUUUUCUCACCACUGCCAUUGAGUCGGUGGAUAAUUGUCCCAGCAACUGCUAUGGCAACGGGGACUGCAUCUCUGGGACCUGCCACUGCUUCCUGGGCUUCCUGGGCCCCGACUGUGGCAGAGCCUCCUGCCCCGUGCUCUGUAGCGGAAACGGCCAGUACGUGAAGGGCCGGUGUCUGUGCCACAGCGGAUGGAAGGGCGCCGAGUGCGACGUGCCCACCAGCCAGUGCAUCGACGUGGCCUGCAGCAGCCACGGCACCUGCAUCAUGGGCACCUGCAUCUGCAACCCCGGCUACAAGGGCGAGAGCUGUGAGGAAGUGGACUGCAUGGACCCCACGUGUUCAGGCCGGGGGGUGUGUGUGAGAGGCGAGUGCCACUGCUCCGUGGGAUGGGGAGGCGCCAACUGCGAGAUGCCCAGGGCCACGUGCUUGGACCAGUGUUCGGGCCACGGAACCUUCCUCCCAGACACCGGCCUUUGCAGCUGUGACCCAGGCUGGACAGGACAUGACUGUUCUAUCGAGAUCUGUGCUGCCGACUGUGGGGGCCAUGGCGUCUGCGUGGGAGGCACCUGCCGCUGCGAGGAAGGCUGGAUGGGGGCGGCCUGCGACCAGCGGGCCUGCCACCCACGCUGUGCCGAGCAUGGGACCUGCCGCGACGGCAAGUGCGAGUGCAGCCCCGGCUGGAAUGGCGAGCACUGCACCAUCGAGGGUUGCCCUGGCUUGUGCAAUGGCAACGGCAGAUGUACCCUGGACCUGAAUGGCUGGCACUGCGUCUGCCAGCUGGGCUGGAGAGGAGCAGGUUGUGACACAUCCAUGGAAACCGCCUGUGGUGACAGCAAAGACAACGAUGGAGAUGGCUUGCUGGACUGCAUGGACCCUGACUGUUGCCUCCAGCCCCUCUGCCAUGUCAACCCGCUGUGCCUGGGCUCUCCUGACCCUCUGGACAUCAUCCAGGAGACACAGGCCCCCACGUCCCAGCAGAACCUGCACUCCUUCUACGACCGCAUCAAGUUCCUUGUGGGCAGGGACAGCACGCACAUCAUUCCCGGGGAGAACCCCUUUGAUGGAGGGCAUGCUUGUGUCAUUCGUGGUCAAGUGAUGACGUCAGAUGGGACCCCGCUGGUUGGUGUGAAUAUCAGCUUCGUCAAUAACCCUCUCUUUGGAUACACAAUCAGCAGGCAAGAUGGCAGCUUUGACCUGGUCACAAACGGCGGCAUCGCCAUCAUCCUCCGGUUCGAGCGGGCACCUUUCAUCACACAGGAGCACACCCUCUGGCUGCCUUGGGAUCGCUUCUUUGUCAUGGAGACCAUCAUCAUGCGCCACGAAGAGAAUGAGAUUCCCAGCUGUGACCUGAGCAACUUCGCCCGCCCCAACCCUGUCGUGUCCCCAUCCCCACUGACGUCCUUCGCCAGGUCCUGUGCAGAGAAAGGCCCCAUCGUUCCAGAAAUUCAGGCUUUGCAGGAGGAAAUCGCUAUCUCUGGCAGCAAGAUGAGGCUGAGCUACCUGAGCAGCCGUACCCCUGGCUACAAGUCUGUCCUGAGGAUCAGCCUCACCCACCCUACCAUCCCCUUCAACCUCAUGAAGGUGCACCUCAUGGUGGCCGUUGAGGGCCGCCUCUUCAGGAAGUGGUUUGCUGCAGCCCCGGACUUGUCCUAUUAUUUCAUAUGGGACAAGACAGACGUCUACAACCAGAAGGUGUUUGGGCUCUCAGAAGCCUUUGUUUCUGUGGGCUAUGAGUAUGAAUCCUGCCCAGAUCUGAUCCUCUGGGAAAAAAGAACAGCUGUGCUGCAGGGCUAUGAAAUCGAUGCUUCCAAGCUGGGAGGAUGGAACCUGGACAAACAUCACGCCCUCAACAUCCAAAGUGGCAUCUUGCACAAAGGGAAUGGGGAGAACCAGUUUGUGUCUCAGCAGCCACCUGUCAUCGGGAGCAUCAUGGGCAAUGGGCGCCGGAGAAGCAUCUCCUGCCCCAGCUGCAAUGGCCUUGCUGAUGGCAAUAAGCUCCUGGCCCCUGUGGCCCUCACGUGUGGCUCCGACGGCAGCCUCUAUGUGGGAGACUUCAACUACAUCCGAAGGAUCUUCCCCUCUGGGAACGUCACCAACAUCCUGGAGUUGAGCCAUAGCCCAGCGCAUAAAUACUACCUGACCACGGACCCCAUGAGCGGGGCUGUCUUCCUCUCGGACACCAACAGCCGGCGGGUCUUUAAGAUCAAGUCCACCGUGGUGGUGAAGGACCUCGUCAAGAACUCCGAGGUGGUCGCGGGGACAGGUGACCAGUGCCUCCCCUUCGAUGACACUCGAUGCGGGGAUGGGGGCAAGGCCACCGAGGCCACACUUACCAACCCCAGAGGCAUCACAGUGGACAAGUCUGGGCUGAUUUACUUCGUGGAUGGUACCAUGAUCAGACGCAUUGAUCAGAACGGGGUCAUCUCCACCCUGCUGGGCUCCAAUGAUCUUACCUCGGCCCGGCCCCUCAGCUGUGACUCUGUCAUGGAUAUUUCUCAGGUUCGCCUGGAGUGGCCCACAGACUUAGCCAUCAACCCAAUGGACAACUCCCUCUACGUCCUUGACAACAAUGUGGUCCUGCAGAUCUCUGAAAACCACCAGGUGCGCAUCGUCGCUGGGAGACCCAUGCAUUGCCAGGUCCCCGGCAUCGACCACUUCCUACUGAGCAAGGUGGCCAUCCACGCAACCCUGGAGUCAGCUGCUGCCUUGGCUGUCUCACACAAUGGGGUCCUGUACAUUGCUGAGACCGACGAGAAGAAGACCAACCGCAUCAGGCAGGUCACCACCAGCGGAGAGAUCUCCCUGGUUGCAGGGGCCCCCAGUGGCUGUGACUGUAAAAACGAUGCCAACUGUGACUGUUUCUCGGGAGACGCCGGCUAUGCCAAGGACGCAAAGCUGAAUACGCCAUCUUCCUUGGCUGUGUGUGCCAACGGGGAGCUCUACGUGGCUGACCUGGGGAAUAUCCGAGUUCGGUUUAUCAGGAAGAACAAGCCCUUCCUCAACACCCAGAACAUGUAUGAGCUGUCCUCGCCCAUUGACCAGGAGCUCUACCUGUUUGAUACCAGUGGAAAGCAUCUGUACACCCAAAGUCUGCCCACAGGUGAUUACCUGUACAACUUCACCUACACGGGGGAUGGCGAUGUCACACUCAUCACUGACAACAAUGGCAACAUGGUGAACGUCCGCCGGGACUCUACCGGGAUGCCCCUCUGGCUGGUGGUCCCAGAUGGCCAAGUGUACUGGGUGACCAUGGGCACCAACAGCGCACUCAAGAGCGUGACCACACAAGGACAUGAGUUGGCCAUGAUGACAUACCAUGGCAACUCUGGCCUUCUGGCAACCAAAAGCAAUGAAAAUGGAUGGACAACAUUUUAUGAGUACGACAGCUUUGGCCGCCUGACAAAUGUGACCUUCCCUACUGGCCAGGUGAGCAGUUUCCGAAGUGACACAGACAGCUCAGUGCAUGUCCAGGUAGAGACCUCCAGCAAGGAUGAUGUCACCAUAACCACCAACCUGUCUGCUUCAGGUGCCUUCUAUACACUGUUGCAAGACCAGGUCCGGAACAGCUACUACAUCGGGGCCGACGGCUCCCUGCGGCUGCUGCUGGCCAACGGCAUGGAGGUGGCGCUGCAGACGGAGCCCCACCUGCUGGUGGGCACCGUCAACCCCACCGUGGGCAAGAGGAACGUCACACUGCCCAUCGACAACGGCCUGAACCUGGUGGAGUGGCGGCAGCGCAAGGAGCAGGCUCGGGGCCAGGUCACCGUGUUCGGGCGCCGGCUGCGGGUUCACAACCGGAACCUCCUGUCCCUGGACUUUGACCGUGUGACCCGCACCGAGAAGAUCUAUGACGACCACCGCAAGUUCACCCUCCGGAUCCUGUACGACCAGGCAGGGCGGCCCAGCCUCUGGUCACCCAGCAGCAGGUUGAAUGGCGUCAAUGUGACGUACUCCCCCAGGGGUCAUAUUGCUGGCGUCCAGAGAGGCAUCAUGUCGGAGAGGAUGGAAUACGACCAAGCGGGUCGUAUCACAUCCAGGAUCUUUGCUGACGGGAAGACGUGGAGCUACACAUACUUAGAGAAGUCCAUGGUGCUGCUCCUCCACAGCCAGAGGCAGUAUAUCUUUGAGUUCGACAAGAACGACCGCCUCUCCUCUGUGACGAUGCCCAACGUGGCCCGGCAGACCCUAGAGACCAUCCGGUCUGUGGGCUACUACAGGAACAUCUACCAGCCACCCGAGGGCAAUGCCUCAGUCAUCCAGGACUUCAGCGAGGACGGGCACCUCCUCCACACCUUUUACCUGGGCACUGGCCGCAGGGUCGUCUACAAGUAUGGCAAACUGUCCAAGCUGGCUGAGAUGCUGUAUGACACCACCAAGGUGAGCUUCACCUAUGACGAGACAGCAGGCAUGCUGAAGACCAUCAACCUACAGAAUGAGGGCUUCACCUGCACCAUCCGCUACCGCCAGAUUGGGCCCCUGAUCGACCGCCAGAUCUUCCGCUUCACCGAGGAAGGCAUGGUCAAUGCUCGUUUUGACUAUAACUAUGACAACAGCUUCCGGGUGACCAGCAUGCAGGCUGUGAUCAAUGAGACCCCGCUGCCCAUCGAUCUCUAUCGCUAUGAUGACGUGUCAGGCAAGACAGAGCAGUUCGGGAAGUUUGGGGUCAUCUACUAUGACAUUAACCAGAUCAUCACUACGGCGGUCAUGACCCACACCAAACACUUUGACGCCUAUGGCCGGAUGAAGGAAGUGCAAUAUGAGAUUUUCCGCUCCCUCAUGUACUGGAUGACUGUCCAGUAUGACAACAUGGGGCGAGUAGUGAAGAAAGAGUUGAAGGUGGGACCCUAUGCCAAUACCACCCGCUACUCCUAUGAGUAUGACGCUGACGGCCAGCUCCAGACGGUCUCCAUCAAUGACAAGCCACUCUGGCGAUACAGCUAUGACCUCAAUGGGAACCUGCACUUACUGAGCCCCGGGAACAGUGCGCGGCUUACCCCACUAAGGUACGACCUCCGAGACCGCAUCACUAGGCUGGGUGACGUGCAGUACAAGAUAGACGAGGAUGGCUUCCUGAGGCAGCGGGGCGGGGAUGUCUUCGAGUACAACUCUGCUGGCCUGCUCAUCAAGGCGUACAACCGGGCCGGUGGCUGGAGCGUCAGGUACCGCUACGAUGGCCUGGGGCGGCGGGUGUCCAGCAAGAGCAGCCCCAGCCACCACCUGCAGUUUUUCUAUGCAGACCUGACCAACCCCACCAAGGUCACCCACCUUUACAACCACUCCAGCUCCGAGAUCACAUCCCUCUACUACGAUCUGCAGGGGCACCUCUUUGCUAUGGAGCUGAGCAGCGGUGACGAGUUUUACAUAGCUUGUGACAAUAUCGGGACCCCUCUUGCUGUCUUCAGUGGAACAGGCUUGAUGAUCAAGCAGAUUCUGUACACGGCCUAUGGGGAGAUCUACAUGGACACCAACCCCAACUUCCAGAUCAUCAUCGGCUACCAUGGUGGCCUCUACGAUCCACUCACCAAGCUCAUCCACAUGGGCCGGCGGGAUUAUGAUGUGCUGGCUGGUCGCUGGACCAGCCCAGACCACGAGUUGUGGAAGCACCUUAGUAGCAGCAACAUCAUGCCUUUUAAUCUCUACAUGUUUAAAAACAACAACCCCAUCAGCAACUCUCAGGACAUCAAGUGCUUCAUGACAGAUGUGAACAGUUGGCUCCUCACCUUUGGAUUCCAGCUACACAACGUGAUUCCCGGCUACCCCAAGCCAGACAUGGAUGCCAUGGAACCAUCCUACGAGCUCAUCCACACACAGAUGAAAACUCAGGAGUGGGACAACAGCAAGUCUAUCCUCGGGGUACAGUGUGAAGUGCAGAAGCAGCUCAAGGCCUUCGUCACCCUGGAACGUUUUGACCAGCUCUACGGCUCCACGAUCACCAGCUGCCAACAGGCGCCCGAGACAAAGAAGUUUGCAUCCAGUGGCUCGGUCUUUGGCAAAGGGGUCAAGUUUGCCUUGAAGGAUGGCCGAGUGACCACAGACAUCAUCAGUGUGGCCAACGAGGAUGGGCGGAGGGUCGCUGCCAUCUUGAACAACGCCCAGUACCUAGAGAACCUGCACUUCACCAUUGAUGGGGUGGACACCCACUACUUUGUGAAGCCAGGGCCUUCAGAAGGCGACCUGGCCAUCCUGGGCCUCAGUGGGGGGCGGCGAACCCUGGAGAAUGGGGUCAAUGUCACCGUGUCCCAGAUCAACACGAUGCUCAGUGGCAGGACUAGACGCUACACAGACAUCCAGCUCCAGUACGGGGCGCUGUGCUUGAGCACUCGCUACGGGACGACGUUGGACGAGGAGAAGGCGCGGGUGCUGGAGCUGGCCCGGCAGAGAGCCGUGAGCCAGGCGUGGGCCCGUGAGCAACAGCGACUUCGGGAAGGGGAGGAAGGCCUGAGGGCCUGGACGGAGGGGGAAAAGCAGCAGGCACUGAACACAGGGCGGGUUCAAGGCUAUGACGGCUUCUUCGUCAUCUCCGUGGAGCAGUACCCAGAACUGUCGGACAGCGCCAACAAUAUCCACUUCAUGAGACAGAGCGAGAUGGGCCGGAGGUGACAGAGAGGACUCCGGCCUGCACUUCUUGCCAAAGACAGCUACGCUUUUGUGGCCACACACCUGACUGUGUUGUACUUAAAAAAAAAAAAAAAAAGAAAAAUCCUUUUUUUAACAAGUGCAGAAAACAAACAAACAAACAAAAAUACUGGUUGCAUUGUAACUCAUGCAACAUUUUUUUUUAAGAAAAGAAAAACACAAAUUUGGCCUUCACACAUUUUUUGCACAGAACAGAAGGUAUUUUUUUUUCUGUAGUGUGAUCACAAUGAAAACUUUAUUGUCUUUUGUUCCCUUUUUCCUUGAGGAUUUUUCCCUGUUGUUGGGGUACAUUUCUCCUCUCUGAGACACAUCUUCUGAGGUGUGUCCUUGUCUGUCUCUAGGUACCCAGUGUGAUGUGAGACACAGUGUCUGUGCUAAUUUGUCUCAUGUGCAACCCUUUCUUCCGUGGGGGGAGGGCAGGAGUGAGGGGUGCAGAGUCACGGGCUAGUACCAAACAUCCGAGGCGGGCCUGGAAGGAGGGUCUGCAGGACCUGAGGAUUUUUGGCUCAGCUCCCACAGACAAGUGGUGGCUUUUUUACUCACCAUGUUCUGUGCCUCUGGAGGACUGCAGACGUCUUCAUCUUGCUCUGGGGAAUUUUGUGAUAUCACUCAGCACCUUUUUCAAGCUGUCCCCAACUCCUGUCCAAGCUUUAUAUUUUGAUGCUAAAUGGAACCCCCAACCCCUUUUGCAAAUCCUGUGUAGUUGUUGGUGCCAGCCCCAUGCUGGGAUGGAGAGAGCAUUCCCCAGGUCCCUUCCCCCAGUCUGGUGACAUAACAUCCUGGGGCUAAGAGCCUCAUCCUCCCCAAGAGGUAGAGGCACCCAGGAUGUCUGUGGUUGGUCGGUCUUCCCAUGAUGUUCCUUAUUAUUCAUCUCUUCCUCUCUCCCAAAGUCAGAUGUGAGAACCAGCACUGCCCGGCAAGCCCUCCACGUGGGCACAAGGUCCAGGGAGGGGCAGGCCACCCGCGGCAAAAGGAUGGCAAAGGUACCAGCCUGCCUUCCUGGGUGAAACUUUCUCCCCAUGACUUGGGGUAUCUUCCCUCCACUGCUCAGCUCCACCACUGAGAAACAGGAGUGUGGAGAGAGGUGCUUGGUGGCCUUUGGUUCUGCAAAGAGACUUAAGAAACAGUCAGCCAAAGAGAGGAGGCAUAAGCCAAGCGUCUCCUAACCAGCUCCUGAAGGCUUCUCUGCCUCCCACUCGUGGGCCAGUAAUACAGCGGGGGUGCAGCAGCUUAGGUGUUCAGGAAUUCCUUCUGUGAAGUUCUUCUAAAACAGCUUCCCCUCUGGAGAGACUGAGGAGAAGAGGACAGAGCUAAUCGGGCGUGACCUGGCCGUGUCAUCCAGCCCCCGCCCCCCUGCUGCCCCCGGGCUGGGACCAGUUCCUGAGGCCGAUGCCCGCAGAGCAGGGGGGCCAGGCUACAGUUGUCCCUGUGGAGACCUAGGCCUGAGGUCACUGGGAAGAGGCAUUCACCCCCUGGGGAAUGGGCACAACCCACCCCUGGAGGGCCUGACCAGGGAAAGGCUGCAGCCAACGGGCCAGGUAAGCCUUGAGGGGAGGGGAAAGCACAGCCAGAGUUAGGAGCUCCUCGCUCCUGGUUCAUCUGCCUAAUUACGAUCAUCAUUACCACUCACAGGAGGUUCUGGGAGACCAGGAGGGGAAGCCAAAUGCUUCCUUUUGAGCUGGGCUUCCUAGAAAAUGGGACUUCUAUGGGUUACAUUUACAUUAAGUGUGGAAAAUGAAUUCUGAGUCUGAGCUAUCCCCCCGUGGAGACCUUGUUGGACUGAUAAGCUCAUGGCGCCUUUAUAGCCUUACUCACAGAGUCUUCAGAAUAUUACACGAGUUCAUGAAACCAAGAAGGUCUUUACCGCGCGAGAAUUGGAGCAGUGUGUAGCCUGGUUUCUGCCUGGCAGAGGGGGGCAUCCACAGCUUCUCGGGAGAGGAGGUUUCGCCUUACGUCAUCCCACCGGGAUUAGAGGAUAUGUUUCGCUAAGUGCUCUUCCUGUUUCCAAAAACAGUCACACUGCUGCGACAGUGCACCUUGGCCUGUUGGUCCGCUGGGUCCAGAGUGCCGCUGAGUCAGAUGCGGUGCUCCCGGGGCCCACUGUGUGUGGUUCCUGGGAGCUGGUGGUGGGCUCCCAUCAGGCAUAAUCGUUCUUGGAUGGGAGGGACAGCAGUUUGGCCUGAAGAACACAUGUUUUUUUUUAAUCCAAAAUAGACUUCUGCCUCUCAAAGCAUACUCUUGAUAUAAGGAGCCCUUGGGUGAAGCUCUCCUGCCCAGUAGCCUAGCUGAUCAGUUCUCUCUUGGCUGCCUGACACUAGUCAAGACCUGCUGGGGACAUCUACUUGGAGGUGAGAGGUAACACGAGAGCCAAGGGAAUGAAUCAUCUCCCUACACCUUCCCAGGCCUCUGAGCCUCCACCACCGACCCCCCACCAAAGUGAUAGUAUGGACUUCUAAAGAUCAAAAACAAAGAGAAUUCCUGUGUGUUCCUUCCGUUGCAGCGAAUAACGUUUUACCCGUCCUGGGCUACACACCACCGAGGAGACCCAGCGUCUGUGCGGGGAGAAAUUGAGGCAUUCCCAAGCUUUAGAGAAAAGAUGUCAGGUGUGGGCUAGGCAGCAUUAUUUCACAUGCAUACUACUGCUCCUGGAGACGGCGCUUCUGGCCUUGGGCUUCCUGAGUCGGCUUCCGAUCAGGCCAGCAGGUGACGAAGUGCCUCCCUUCUCAGUCUGUCCUGCUGCUGAGACCAGCAGGCACAAUCUCACAGCAAGAGUGAGUCUGAAGGCAUAAGCCAGAGAGAUCCCUGUGCCCACUGAGUGGCCUCCAAGCAUCAAACCCCAACCUUGGUGGCACCUGCCCUUUUGGCAAUAAGCAACCCAAACAUGUUCAUUUCUUGGAGCAACCAGCCUUCCCUCCCUGGCCCAGGGUCGUGAUCCUGCAGGAGGUCAGCUUCUGUGCCCUAGAAAAGGGUUUAUUUUGGAAGAAUUCCUGCCUUCUUCCCUGUCUUCCACAGCUCCCAUCGGGCCCUGACCCUCAGCCCCUCUGCCAUCAUUUUAAACAGGACUUUAAUGAUGCCCCAACUUGGUUUUUUUAUAGGAUGAGGUUUCCUUUUUUUUUUUACCCACCCUCCAGACAGACAGCAUUGGAGGGCAGAGCUGUGACAAGGGGAAGAAACUCCCUGGUAAAUUACAGCUUUGUCAGCCCCUGAUGCUUGUCUCUCAGAACUGUUGGCUGAGAAUUAACGCAAGGAACAGCCCAGUGCCUGAGGUCUACCUAGUGGUGGAGAAUUUGAAACAAUCCCUAGGAAAGUGACCAGAAGUUGAGAAUGGUUUAAAUAAUCAGGAUGGGGUGGGGCAGAAGCAGAAGGGGACUGCAAGGCAAGGAAGGGGAUUAACCCUGGGCAGUGUUUUUAUAGACACAUAACAAGGAAGCACAUUCGCUUAAAAAAAAAAAAAAAAAAAACAGUAUAAA